UUUAAAGCGGAGCGUGUCGGGCGCUCUGCGGCCUCGGCCCGCUUAGUGCCGCUCCGCCGCGGCUCCAAGCGCAGCGCCCCGGGUUUGCCGGUUCCCGGCGCCGUCCAUGGCGGCGGUGUGAGGAGAGGAGGGCGCCUGGAGCCCUGCUGCACCAUGCUGACUGCCCCAGCAGAUAGCUCUGGUGACUCCAAAAAGCAGCUGAUGGAACUGAGCCAGAGCCACAGCAGCUCUGGUUUGCACUACUCAGAAGAUACCUUUGAGUCCUUCAGCGAGGAGGAGGAAGCCCAGUGGCAGAGUGACCCACCUGUAUCCUAUUGUUCCACAGAGGAUGUGGAGGGCUCUGCUGUGUCAGAUGAGCAGCCUGAAGUAGCAGAUUCUGCAGCUGCAGAAAGGGAUCUCGUGGGACGCUGGAUUGGUCUAAUAAGUAAAGAAUCUGGCAUUAAGCAAGACAGAUUGGUCAUCAAAACUCAUGCUGAAAUGAGUGAACUAUUAGAUGGAGAACUGGAUGCUCUCAGGUCCUUUUGCACCAUGAAGAUAAGUAGGAUACGUCGGCAGCUGAUCUCCAAGCAGGCAAAUGGUGGCAAGUCAAGAAAGCUGCAGCAGGGAUUGACAGCAAAGAAACCAGAGUCAAGUGACUUGAGCUACAUUGUUCCUGAUGGGCUGAUGAACAGAAUCCGCCUGAAAAAUAUCAGGGAGGCUGUUAAACAGGUGACAGAAGCUCAGAUCCAUGAACCCUCGGUGUGCCCUGAGUGUCAGGAGAAGGAGGCAGAGCUAGCCAAGAUCACCUUCCACAGAAGAAAGAAGGUUCUGAUGGAAAAUGCUUUAAUCCAAGAGAAACUGGAUGAACAGAUUUACUCCAGAGAUGCACUCACACUUCUAGGAGAAGCACUCGGGAGCUUACCCAAACUUUCAGAGGAUCCCAGGAACCUAAGGCAAAGGCUGAAAGAUAAAGGAUGGGUCGAGUUUGGUGGCUGUCUGAAAUCCUCAGCUUCGUCAAAAUGAUGAAGGCCAGAAAUCAGACGUGUGCUACUGCAGUUGUGUUGUGUUAAUAGGAAGCUGAUUGUACAUAGCUGACUGUUAGGCUAACUCAAACCUCCUUUGGCUUCCUGAUGAUACCGAGACUUGUUGUUAAGACACAUAAACCAGCAGCAAGUGAGGAAAAUGUAUAAUACUGUUCUCAAAUGAACACAAGGUAGGGACGACUGACCUCAAACUAUAAACCUGCUUCUUGUGAAACAGCAUCAAAAAACCCUCUUUGAUUUCAGGAGGAGGAGACUCUUUGGUUUCUAUCUCGUGUGUGUCUCCUGUGCUCCUCCAGACUGUGCAUUUUCAAGCGCUGAAUUACUUCUGGCUUUUAUACCAUCUUAAAUAUAUAUUGGCUUUUUAAUAGAGUUUCAGGCUUGCUUGCUUGCUGCCUUCAGCUUGCUUGUAAAUGUCCCUGCUGCCUUUCAAAUUGUCUCUUCUAUUUUUAUUGCAUUACAGAAGAAUGUGCCUCCUGCCUCUAAAUUUGCAUCUUUUUGAUGUAAAAAACAUUUGUAUGAAAUGUAUCUGUCAUGUUGCAAACCUGCUAUGUAAAUGCUGCUUUUCUCCUCCUCCGGAGCUAGUGUAGCAAGACAUCUAAUACACUUGUGCCCAAAAUUGCAGAUGAAAGCCACAGGGGGAGUGAGGGCAAAUGAAAGUGGGGACAAGGAGGAGGGGGGGAAAGGAGGAAGGAAGGGGAGAAGGAAGGGAGAGGAAGGAAAGGCUUCAGAAAGCUUGCAGUGACAUGUUUUAGCCUUGCUACUUAUUUUUCCCUGCAUCUUUGGUAAACUCGUGUGUAAGAACAAAGGGCCAGAUUUUAGGAAUGUCUUAAAUAUGUACAUAAGUCCACCCUUGUCUUUUAGGUUUUGAAAAUGGUAAGGGUGAACUUAUGUGCACCUCAUAAGUUGUUGUACAACUUAUGUACAACAUCUUUGGAUGCUUAAAAUACUUUUGGAUAUCAUAAGGUUUCAAGUCUACAAAGGUUUCAAGUCUACAAAUGAGCUUUCAGCUGAGAGCCAGUUGGGAUUCCUGCUUCCCAGUAGGGGUAUGGGCUAAAAUGGUAAAUGUUGGGCUGUUCCAGAACAACACUUCGGGUAUGUUUGAGGUGUUGUGGGGUUUGUAGUUGUUGAACACCAUGGGUUUAUCUUGAGAAGUCCUAAAAUCAAACCACCUCUUUAUGCCUCUGGCUUCUCUAUCGUUAAUCUCAAAACAGACUAGAAAAUAUGCUCUGUAUUAGGGUUUUACACAGUCGUCCUUAGAAACAUAACUUGCAUAAACCCCUUGUGGUUGCAUCCAGUGAUAUAACUGACAGUGUAGAUAAAGAUUUAAGCAAGUUGAUUAAUCUUUUAAUUCAGGGUAUAAAGUUCUAGCCCUGCUCUCUCAGAAUGCUUCACACUGUUUUUAUCCCAGUGAGCAAGAAAACUCUGCUUUUAGCAGUUGUUCAACCUCUUCUGUCUGUCUUCACUAGACCUGAGAUUUUGUCUUUCGUUAUGCCAGAAGAGAAAAAAAGUGUGAGCUUUGAAAGCACUUGUAAUAACUCAUUCCAGCAUUGGUCAGAUCCAUAAACCAACAGAAAGUUCCUAUAAAAGGAACAGUAUCCAGUGGGAUCCUGCUUUUCCUUAAAGCUGCAGUGGGCUUGGCUAACGUGGAGGGACAGUCUGUGUAUGACAGAGGUAAUUCUGAGCAGAACCUGGUACCAUCUUACCUCUGCAUAGAAGGGUGCUGAGCAAAACAGCUCCUGUUGAUGGAGAUGGAGGUUGCAGUGUGUGAGUGCUCAGGCUCGUGUGGGCAUGGACCAUAAAUGUAACAUACUGUUUCCCUGGGCAUUUAGUUCAUAGAGAACCCACAUGGAGCUAAUUCUAGGGUUUAAGGUUUUAAUUUUGAUUAAGUAAUGCCUGAAGUGUGGAGCAAUUGAAGCAACAGACCUGUCGUGUUGGAGAUUUAGACUCUCUUGGAAGUUGAUGUUCAUCCCACUGAUUUUAUUGGUGACUUCUCAUGAUAGUAGAACAUGUUAAUUUAGUAUAACUGUGAUUUGAUAAACACCAGCAGCUUUCUUAGGUGUGAUUACAGCCGCCUUGUAACUGCAUGCUUUGGCAAAUGCUCUCUUUUGUCUGCACAAAGCCCAAAUCCUUAUGGAAGUAUGUAUGGUGCCUGUUACCAGGAACAAACUACACGUAAGUCAUGUUACAGCCUGAGCACUUGAUGAAUUCCCUCCUUAAAACAGUGUUUCUAAAAUGUACUUGUGUAUGAUGGUGAGAGGGGAGUUUAUCAUCCUGAUCAAUGAAAUCCUUGUAUGACAUUUUGAGGGUAGCUUUGAAACUGUACAUGGAAUGCUCCCCAUAGGCGUGCUGACAGGCUGAGCCAUGCUGCAAUAAAGUGUCAGGAGGAGACAUUGAGUCUUACUCCUUUCAGUGCUCAUA